CACUUAACUCAUCCCAAGUUUCAAUCGCCUAUUUCUCCAUCAACAAAUUCCAAUCUCCAAACCCUAGCAAUGGCCCGCACUAAGCAAACCGCUCGCAAAUCCACCGGCGGCAAGGCGCCGCGCAAGCAGCUGGCGACCAAAGCCGCCAGGAAAUCCGCUCCGGCCACCGGCGGAGUGAAGAAGCCCCACCGCUUCCGCCCCGGAACCGUGGCUCUUCGUGAGAUCCGUAAGUAUCAGAAGUCUACCGAACUCUUGAUCCGCAAGCUCCCGUUCCAGAGGCUUGUACGCGAGAUUGCGCAGGAUUUCAAAACCGAUCUGAGGUUCCAGAGCUCCGCCGUGGCGGCGCUUCAGGAGGCGGCCGAGGCGUACCUCGUUGGAUUGUUUGAGGAUACCAAUCUCUGCGCUAUUCAUGCCAAGAGAGUGACAAUUAUGCCUAAGGAUAUCCAGCUAGCGAGGAGAAUUAGGGGAGAGCGGGCGUAAUUGUUAAUUGCUGUUUUGAUUUGUGGCUCUUGGAAAUAUGUAGUUGCAUAGCCUUUGUGGUUUUCUGAUCUGAUGUGUAUUGGAAUAUUAUGUUAAUGAAAAUCGAUGAAUGCUUCUGUUA